UCUUUAAGGUGGUUGUUUUGGGGGCGGGGCCAAGCGGGUGCCGGUGCCGCAGUGCAUGCCGGGAAGGCUCGGUGGAGGCCCGAAGAGAGAAGAGAAGAGAAGAAAGCGGAGGUUGUUGCUGCUGCUGAGCAGUGAUGGCGACCAUGUUGUACCUCCGUGAGGAGAAGAUGAGCCAAGAUGAGAUUGUGCUAGGCACUAGGGCCGUGGUGCAGGGCCUGGAGACUUUGCGCACAGAGCACCACUCACUAUUGUCUGCACUCCUUGACACCGUCAACCGCAUGGAACAAAAGCAUGAAAGCAGUGCUGCACAGGAGAAAGCCAGUCUCUUGCGGAAGUCUCUGGAAGCCAUUGAGCUGGGGCUGGGAGAGGCUCAGGUCAUCAUUGCUCUGUCCAGCCACCUGAGUGCAGUGGAAUCAGAGAAACAGAAGCUGCGGGCUCAAGUGCGGCGCCUGGUGCAGGAAAACCAGUGGCUGCGAGAUGAACUGGCCAGUACUCAGCAAAAGCUGCAGCGCAGCGAGCAGUCGGUGGCUCAACUCGAGGAGGAGAAAAAGCACCUGGAGUUUAUGAACCAGAUUAAAAAAAUUGACGAAGACGUCUCCCCAUCUGAUGAGAAGAGUGGGGAUACUGCUAAGGACACCUUGGAUGACCUUUUCCCCAGUGAUGAUGACCAGGGACAAGGACAGUCUCACAGUACUGGGGAUGCAGCUGCCCAGCAUGGUGGUUAUGAGAUCCCAGCACGCCUGCGGACACUUCACAACCUGGUGAUCCAGUACGCCUCCCAAGGUCGCUAUGAGGUGGCUGUACCACUCUGUAAACAAGCACUGGAGGACCUGGAGAAAACCUCAGGACAUGACCACCCUGAUGUGGCCACCAUGUUGAAUAUUCUCGCACUGGUGUACAGGGACCAAAAUAAAUACAAGGAGGCAGCCCACCUUCUCAAUGAUGCCUUGGCUAUCCGGGAGAAAACACUGGGGAAGGAUCAUCCAGCUGUAGCUGCUACUCUCAACAAUCUGGCUGUGCUUUAUGGCAAACGGGCCAAAUACAAGGAGGCAGAACCCCUAUGUAAGAGAGCUCUGGAGAUCCGUGAAAAGGUACUAGGGAAGUACCACCCAGAUGUAGCCAAGCAGUUGAACAACUUGGCCCUUCUGUGCCAGAACCAAGGCAAAUAUGAGGAGGUCCAGUACUAUUACCGGCGUGCCCUAGAGAUCUAUGAGUCACGCCUUGGGCCUGAUGAUCCCAACGUGGCUAAGACCAAAAACAAUCUGGCCUCCUGCUACCUCAAACAAGGCAAAUACAAUGAUGCUGAGGCCCUCUUCAAGGACAUUCUGACCCGAGCACAUGAGAGAGAAUUUGGAUCUGUCAAUGGAGACAAUAAGCCCAUCUGGAUGCAUGCUGAAGAGCGGGAGGAAAGUAAGGAUAAACACAAGGAGAAGGACAGUGCCCCUUAUGGAGAGUAUGGCAGCUGGUACAAAGCCUGCAAAGUGGACAGCCCUACAGUCAACACAACUCUAAAAAGCUUGGGAGCUCUCUAUCGGCGCCAAGGCAAGCUGGAGGCUGCAGUGACACUGGAGGAGUGUGCCCAGAAAACCCGCAAACAGGGCAUGGAUGCUAUCAACCAGAGCAAGGUAGUGGAACUACUGAAGGAUGGGAACCACUCGGAGCACUGGCAAAAUCGAAGGGGAGUUUCCAGCACCAACAAAUGUGAAAAUGGAAAUGAAACAGAAGAUGGAACAGCUGAGUGGUCUGGGUCUUCACAGGUGGGCUCUGGGGCCCUGCAGCGCAGCAGCUCCUUUGGGAAACUGCGUGAUGCUCUGCGACGAAGCAGUGAAAUGCUGGUCAAGAAACUGCAGGGGAGCAGCCCACAGCAGUCCAGGAACCUUGGGAUGAAGCGUGCCAGUUCUCUCAACUUUUUGAACAAGAGCAUAGAAGAGCCAAGUGAGGUUUCUAGUCGUCUAUCUGACAGCCGGGGCUUUAGUGCAAGUAAUGUAGACCUCUCCCGGCGUAGUUCUCUGCUGGCAUGAGGAGAAGCAUCUUGGCCCAUGCCACAGGAUCGUGAAGAACUGGACUGCAUUGGACCACCUCUCUUCUCUGUGCUGCUGCCCCACCUAUGAACACUUGGAAGGCAUGAGGAGAGCCACCCUCAGUUACAAGGUUAUGCUUGCCCAGAGUAGGGGGAGUGUCUGCCUUCUCUCACUUCAUCAGAUAUAUGCCCCCAUGCAUGAAUGCACCACACAUCUUCCUUUCCACUGUUGUCAUAUUGCUGCCAUCGUUGUGGCUGUACUCUGCUACCAGAAGAAAGUAUUGUUAGCACAGCGAGUAUGGCGCAUAACUCUGCCAUCUCUCUGUCUCCAUCACCACCCAGGGCAUCUUUCUGCACUUCAGGCUCUUAUAAAGGAGCAAAUUUGCUUCCGAGAAACACAGCCCUGCAAUCUUCACAUAUGCAUAUACAUUGUCAAAUUGUCCCUUCUUCUGAGAGCUAAGAAUUGUAUCGAGUAACAGAGAUAAAAGCAGGGCCAACUCAACAGUCUAAAUUGUUUAUCUGUUAAAGAGGGAGAACUACAAUUCCCUGCCUUCCUUGUAGCAGCAUUUUGUCACGUGAACCUUCUUUAACCCAACCUGUGUGAUAUUUUUGUCUUGUUCCUGAUUUACUGUAUGUUUUUGGCCUCAGGGAGAUGCUGUUCUUUUCAAAGUUAUGAUCCUUUCUCUGAUCUUUACUUCUAUUUGUGUGUCUCUGCGCAACCACCUCCAUACUCUUACUCUCCUUCUCUCCCCAUUUUGUCUGUUUCUCCUCCUUUUUAUACCUUCAUUGUGGUACGGCAAGGGUGGCCUCUUUAACAAUUAUCUGUUUACCUUGGACAUUUUGGCCAGUGCUAUUUUGUUCAUUUUGUUCACGUGUCCUUUGCACAUCCCUGCCUCCCACAAAAUAGGAGUUUGAGGGACAGAGGAAGAAGACUGGGUAUCUCUUUACAGUUAUCAGUGUCAUAGAUACUGGUAGCAUCACUGCAAGCAAAGGUACUGCCAGGUUUCUUCUUCAGAGUGAAUGUGUGUGAGAUUUGCUGUCUUCCUUUCUAGCCAGAUUGAAAAAUAGCCCAUUAAUUGUUGGGGAGGAAAGGUUAGGAUACCUAACACAUCAGCCAUGGCACUUUCUGUGUCUGUGCUGCUUUUAUGGGUCCUUCCUCACACUGAAUUCUCUGAAAUUGUUGCCCUGUUCCUACUGUAACUUGUUCUUGUUUAGAAGCUUGUUCCUUGAAGGGUCUCUGGGUUGAUAGGAGCAUGGAAACAAGGAGAAUGAGGGUAGGGGCCAUCUUGGAUUGGAAAAUGAAGAUUUGUCUUCCUGAUAUGUCUGUGCUGAGGAACAUCCACCAAACCCUCUUUCCUCCUAUGCAAGAAGCAUGCUGGUGUGUACAUAAGCCCUAUGCAUUUGUUCAAAAUGUCUCUGGAAAUCUUAAGCACUACAAACAGCUGCCUUAUUUCCUAGUGAGGUUUUUCAUUGCAGCUGAAAUUGGAGGUGGAAGUUGGCAGGAAGGAACAUGACCUGUGUAUAUUGUGUACCUGUCAUUUGCCCACCCCUACAGAAAGCACUUGUAUUUUAAGAACACAAUCUGCCCAGCUCCCGUUACUAUAGCUGGUGUAGACAUUCACAAACUCCACAGUUGUCUCUUCUCUCACAAAGGAAAAAAAAGAUCAUACGAAUGGGCAGGGCCCAUGCCAACUUCCAUCCCUUAACACUAUGUGUGUGUGAGACUAUGGCUGUUGUUGGGGAGGCAAGGUAGCUGUUGCAGGAAAGGAUGAGAGGAAGGGGCAAAUUUUGUGCUGCAUUUAAUUAUGUUGCUGUAGAAAUAAAAGGAAAAUCUCUUGGG